GCUUUCGUCUAUAUGCACUUCGACCCGGAAGGUAAUCAUCUGAAGCUAGCGGAGUUUCUACGGGUGCCUGGAGGAGGACGUGUGCACAUCCUCCUUACACCACGAGAGGCGCCGGUUUCUCUAGCUAUAGCGCCCGCUUCUACGGAGACUGCAGCUGCUGUCUGCUUCUUUUUGCUUUCCUCCUCCAUCCCUUCCACAUCCCACAGCUUAGUGUAGCGUGACCUUUCCACCCCAGCAAGGACUGUGGAGCCCAGCUUGUUAGAAAUGGAGAGCCAAGAAUCAACAGAUUCUUCUGGGAACGCCAGACAGCACAUUAUCUCAGAGGAGUUGAUUUCAGAAGGAAAAUGGGUCAAAUUUGCAAAAACAACUUACAUGGAUCCUACCGGUAAAGCUAGAACUUGGGAAACAGUGAAACUUACAACCAGGAAGGGAAAAUCCGCUGAUGCCGUGUCAAUCAUCCCAGUGCUGCAGAGAACUCUUCAUUAUGAGUGUAUUGUUCUGGUGAAACAGUUCCGGCCCCCAAUGGGUGGCUACUGCCUAGAGUUCCCAGCAGGGCUCAUAGACGACGGGGAAAGCCCAGAGGCAGCGGCUCUUCGGGAGCUGGAGGAAGAGACAGGCUACAAAGGCGAUGUUGCGGAGUGCUCUCCAGCUGUGUGUAUGGAUCCAGGCUUGUCAAACUGUACAACACAUGUUGUGACCGUGACCAUCAACGGAGAUGAUGCACAGAACGUAAGGCCGAAGCCCAAACCAGGGGAUGGAGAAUUUGUGGAAGUGAUUUCUUUACCAAAGAAUGAUCUGCUGACUAGACUGGAUGCUUUGGUAGCAGAAGAACAUCUUACGGUGGAUGCCAGAGUCUACGCCUACGCCCUGGCACUGAAACAUGCCAACUCGAAGCCAUUCGAAGUGCCCUUCCUCAAAUUUUAAGGCCACCAGGGACACUGGCCAUGUUUUGUAAAUGAUACUGUAAGGCCUUUACUAUUCAUUGUAUCAAUUAGGUUUAAUGUAGAUUGGAAAUCAGCUUUUUCGUAAAAUAAAACAAGCACAGACUGCAUGUGGUAUGGAAUUAUAAUUACAGAGAGGAUGUAACCUUCAUUUGUGCUUGUUAAAUACUCAUGAAAAUGAACAUAAAUAUUGGCGGGUAUGUUUAAAUUUCUUAAACUUCACCUAGUCUAGAAGGUGAGCAUAAUUCUCAGGAAUAGACUCAAGCUCCAAAUUAGGUCAGCUAUUUCUACCCUCAACUCCUAAAAUAAAAAUUUUGCACUUAAGUCUGCAGAUAGCUAUUUAUUGGGUUCAUGUUUCAAAAUAAAAGGGUUGGGUUUGUUUUUUCCUGAGACAGGGUCUCACUGUUUAGCCCUGGCUGACCAAAAAAAUUACUUUGUAGAUGAGGUUGGCCUUGAACUCCAGAGAUCCACCUGUGUCUACCUCUCCAAGGACUAGGAUUAGAGC